CUCUCCUUUCAUCGUACUUGAAGGCUGAAGCAGCGGAUUAUCUGCAUUUCAUAGAACCCCAAAUAAUCCUUACAAAUCCUCAAUCAAUAUCACUUCUCUCCAUUUAUCAUAAAGGAAUCCAUAAUUUCUCUGAUAAUUCCCAGCAGAAACAAUGGAUUCACAGCCGAACAACCUCUACGACACCGCGUCUCAGCCGGACACCGGUCACGACGACGCCUAUAGAUUUCUGGAAUUCAACACUCAAGGAGAAGAAGACUUCGAUUACCCCGAGUUUCAAGAGCUCUCACAGCCAAAUGCCAUUCGAUCUUCACCAUCAUCAUCGGUAUGGCCAACACCAUCGGACUCAAUCUCCGUCGACGCAACUGCGGCAGUCGAUCAUCAUUCCGACAACAACGCUUCCCCUGUCUCAGAAACUUCGGCCAAGGGUGGUGGUGGUAGGGGGAAUAAUAAUCAUAAUAAUCACCUUAACAAUCAUAACAAUGAUAACAAUAAUCAGGCAUCUGCGGUUGAUGCCCUAGCUGCGGGGAUGAGCGGCUUGAAUUUUGAAGACACGGGAGACGAUGAAGGUUAUGAGUACGCGAAAGGGGAUUUCAUGGAACAUGCAUGUAGGUAUUGCGGGGUGCAGAAUCCGGCGUGUGUUGUGAGGUGUAACGUUCCCUCGUGUCGUAAAUGGUUCUGUAACUCGAGAGGGAAUACUUCUGGCUCUCACAUUGUUAAUCAUUUGGUUCGAGCUAAACACAAAGAAGUGUGUCUCCAUAAAGACAGUCCUCUAGGGGAGACAAUUCUCGAAUGCUACAAUUGUGGGUGUAGAAAUGUUUUCCUUCUGGGAUUUAUUUCAGCGAAGACAGAGAGUGUUGUCGUUCUUCUUUGCAGGGAACCUUGUCUGAAUGUGAAUGCUUUGAAAGACAUGAAUUGGGACUUGAGUCAAUGGUGUCCACUUAUUGAUGACAGAUGUUUCUUACAGUGGCUUGUUAAGGUUCCAUCUGAAACAGAGCAGCUACGGGCAAGACAGAUCAGUGCUCAGCAAAUUAACAAAGUAGAAGAACUUUGGAAGACAAAUCCUGAUGCAAGUUUGGAAGAUCUUGAGAAACCUGGUGUAGAUGAUGAACCACAGCCUGUAGUCUUAAAGUAUGAAGAUGCUUAUCAGUAUCAAAAUGUGUUUGCCCCACUUAUCAAGCUUGAAGCUGACUAUGAUAAAAUGAUGAAAGAAUCUCAAAGUAAAGACAAUCUCACGAUUCGUUGGGAUAUUGGUCUAAACAAGAAGCGCGUUGCAUAUUUUGUUUUCCCAAAGGAAGACAAUGAAUUGCGCCUUGUACCUGGUGAUGAGUUACGUCUCAGGUAUUCAGGGGAUGCAGCACAUCCAGCCUGGCAGUCAGUUGGACAUGUGAUAAAGCUAACUGCACAAGAAGAGGUAGCACUUGAGCUUCGUGUAAGCCAGGGAGUUCCUUGUGAUGUGAAUCAUGGUUUUAGUGUUGACUUUGUAUGGAAGAGCACAAGUUUUGACCGGAUGCAAGGGGCUAUGAAAACUUUUGCAGUCGAUGAAACAAGUGUUAGUGGGUAUAUCUACCAUCAUCUGUUAGGACAUGAGGUUGAGGUUCAAAUGGUGCGUAAUGCAUUGCCACGUCGUUUUGGUGCCCCUGGUCUUCCUGAGCUUAAUGCAUCUCAAGUUUUUGCUGUAAAAAGUGUCCUUCAAAGGCCAAUAAGUUUGAUUCAAGGGCCACCAGGGACGGGUAAAACCGUCACUUCUGCUGCAAUUGUUUAUCAUAUGGCUAAACAAGGCCAAGGACAGGUUCUGGUAUGUGCUCCAAGCAAUGUGGCUGUAGACCAACUUGCAGAAAAGAUAAGUGCCACUGGUUUAAAGGUUGUAAGGCUGUGUGCAAAAUCAAGGGAAGCUGUGAGUUCACCUGUUGAACAUUUGACUCUUCAUUAUCAGGUUCGCCAUCUUGAUACAUCUGAAAAGAGUGAACUCCACAAGCUUCAACAAUUGAAAGAUGAACAAGGAGAGUUAUCUAGCAGUGAUGAGAAGAAAUAUAAAGCACUAAAACGGGCUACAGAAAGGGAGAUAUCUCAGAGUGCUGAUGUCAUCUGUUGCACAUGUGUUGGUGCAGGGGACCCACGGUUGGCAAAUUUUAGAUUCCGCCAGGUGCUUAUUGAUGAAUCUACUCAAUCCACAGAGCCUGAAUGUCUUAUACCUCUUGUUAUCCUUGUUGGUGAUCAUUGCCAGCUUGGUCCAGUCAUCAUGUGCAAGAAAGCAGCACGUGCUGGAUUAGCUCAGUCUCUAUUUGAAAGACUUGUGCUUCUUGGUGUAAAACCAAUUAGAUUACAGGUCCAAUAUCGUAUGCAUCCAUGUCUUUCAGAAUUCCCUUCGAAUAAUUUUUACGAAGGUACCCUUCAAAAUGGAGUGACCAUAAACGAAAGGCAAUCAACAGGCAUUGAUUUUCCAUGGCCUGUCCCAAAUCGCCCCAUGUUUUUUUAUGUCCAGAUGGGACAAGAAGAAAUAAGUGCUAGUGGGACAUCCUAUCUUAAUAGAACAGAAGCUGCAAAUGUUGAAAAAAAUAGUGACUACUUUUUUAAAAAGUGGUGUAGUUCCAAGUCAGAUAGGUGUUAUAACACCAUAUGAAGGCCAGCGUGCAUAUAUUGUUAAUUACAUGUCAAGAAACGGUGCACUUAGGCAGCAGCUUUACAAGGACAUUGAGGUUGCAAGUGUGGAUUCAUUCCAAGGAAGGGAAAAAGAUUACAUUAUUUUGUCAUGUGUCAGAAGUAACGAACAUCAGGGUAUUGGGUUUCUGAAUGAUCCACGUAGGCUUAAUGUUGCACUUACUCGUGCUCGAUAUGGAAUUGUGAUUCUUGGAAAUCCAAAAGUUCUUAGUAAACAACCAUUAUGGAAUGGCUUACUCACACACUUUAAGGAGCAUGAGUGUUUGGUGGAAGGACCUCUCAACAACUUGAAGCAAAGUAUGGUUCAAUUUCAAAAACCAAAAAAAGUAUACAAUGAGCGGAGGUUUUUCUUUGGUGGUGGGCCCAUUGUACCUACUGAUAGCUUUGGUUCUGUUGCCUCAACAAAUUCUAAUGCUGACAGAAGAAACGGUCGUUCUAGAGGUUCAUACAUGCCAAAUGGUGCUCAUAAAUCCGGUCUGCAUUAUCCGGUUCCCCGUGUGCCGCCGCCUUAUGGUGGUCCUCAGCCUUACGCCAUACCAACACGCGGUGCAAUUCAUGGACCCGUUGGCGGUGUUUCUCAUGUCCCGCCACCAGGGAACCGGGGUUUCACUGGAGGUGGAGGUGGAGGUGGUCAUCUGCCACAUCAGCAGCAAGGCUCAGGCUCACAGCAAGCAAUAGGGUCUGCUUUUAACUUUCCUUCAAUGGAAAAUCCAAAUAGUCAACCAUCCCCUGGUGGUCCCUUAUCUCAGCCUGGAUAUGUUUCUAAUAUGACUCAGGGGCAAAGCCAGACAUAUCGUGAUGGGUUUUCUGUUGGGGGGAUGUCGCAGGAUUUCUUGGGGGAUGAUUUUAAAAGCCAAGGAUCACAUGUGGCGUAUAAUGUUGCUGAUUUUUCCACACAGGCUUCUCAAGGUGGAUAUAGUGUUGAGUAUGUGACUCCAGCCACCCAAGGUGGUUUUCCGGGGAAUUUUUUAAAUCAAAAUUCGCAAGCUGGAUUUUCUCGAUUUGGUAGUGGGAAUGAUUUCAUGUCUCAGGACUACAUGUUUACACAAGUUGGAUUUAAGGGAUCCAUCACAAGAUGAUUCUUCACAGAGCCACUUCACUUCAGCAGCCACCACCACUUCUCUUCAGACACAGGGUGUGAUGAACAUGAACAUGAACCAUGUAUACUCAUCCCAGGGUUUUACACAUUACAACUCCCAACCCAUAAACAUGCCACCUCAGCAGCAGGGACAGGGACGCUACAACAGUUAAGAGGAGGUCAUGUGAUAUGAAGAGUUUGUGAAUAAUGGAUAUGGAUUGAUCCAUUAAUGACUCAUGGCAAAUGAAGAGAGAAAUGUCGAAUAUAACCCUGAAAGAGAUUUGAAAUGAGAGGCAUAAUAGUCAUGUUGGUGGUGAUGUGGCGAUAUUCUUCUGUACAGGGAGGGAUGCUUUCGGGAUUUUCUCGUAGUGGAGUGGAUGAUGGUAUUUUACGAGAUAUAUGUGGUAGUGGGUAUGUAAUGCGCAUUAUGUGUGACUUUAGUAAUUUGAUGUCAUGAUCGAUAUAUGACAAAAAGAAAAAGGGU